GCGAGACGGUCACCAGAACCCACUCCAGCAGGCAGCAGCAUGCAGUCGCCUUCAAGUCUGUGCAGAUGCGCCCUGGUGGCGCUGCUUCUUGCCUGUGGCGUCGCGGGGGUCUGGGGAGAGGAGAGAAGAUUACCGCCGGCCGGGACCACCCUGCCACUCCUGAAGAUGGAAGAGAUAAUGACGUAUUCCACUAGGACCUCUUGGCCGAGAGGGUCCAACGCCAGCCUGCCACCUUCCUCAGCACUUCCGCAAGUGCCUAACGGAGGGAGGACCGCAGGGGCCCGGCCACGCACUCUUCCUCCUCCCCCGUGCCAAGGAUCUAUCGAGAUCAAGGGCACCUUCAAGUAUAUCAACACAGUGGUGUCCUGCCUCGUGUUUGUGUUGGGCAUUAUCGGGAACUCCACCUUGCUGAGAAUCAUUUAUAAGAACAAGUGUAUGCGAAAUGGACCCAAUAUCUUGAUCGCCAGCCUGGCUCUGGGAGACUUGCUGCACAUCACCAUUGACAUUCCCAUCAAUGUCUACAAGCUCCUCGCAGGGGACUGGCCCUUUGGACCUGAGAUGUGCAAGCUGGUGCCUUUCAUACAGAAGGCCUCCGUGGGCAUCACUGUGCUUAGUCUAUGUGCUCUAAGUAUUGACAGAUAUCGAGCCGUUGCUUCUUGGAGUCGAAUUAAAGGAAUUGGGGUGCCAAAAUGGACAGCGGUGGAAAUUGUUUUAAUUUGGGUGGUCUCUGUGGUUCUGGCUGUCCCUGAAGCCGUGGGUUUUGAUAUGAUUACGGUUGACUACAAUGGAAGUUCUCUGCGAAUCUGCUUGCUUCAUCCCACUCAGAAAACAGCCUUCAUGCAGUUUUACAAGACAGCUAAAGAUUGGUGGCUGUUUAGUUUCUAUUUCUGCUUGCCAUUGGCCAUUACUGCACUUUUUUAUACCCUGAUGACCUGUGAAAUGUUGAGAAAGAAGAGUGGCAUGCAGAUUGCUUUAAAUGAUCACUUAAAGCAGAGACGGGAAGUGGCCAAAACAGUCUUUUGCCUGGUGCUCGUCUUUGCCCUGUGUUGGCUUCCCCUUCAUCUCAGCAGGAUUUUGAAGCACACUCUUUAUGAUCAGAAUGACCCCAGUAGAUGUGACCUUUUGAGCUUUUUGUUGGUCAUGGACUACAUCGGCAUCAACAUGGCCUCCCUGAACUCCUGCAUUAAUCCAAUAGCUCUGUAUUUGGUGAGCAAAAGAUUCAAAAACUGCUUUAAGUCAUGCUUAUGCUGCUGGUGCCAGUCAUUUGAAGAAAAACAGUCCUUGGAGGAAAAGCAUUCCUGCUUAAAGUUCAAAGCUAAUGACCACGGAUAUGACAACUUCCGUUCCAGUAAUAAAUACAGCUCAUCUUGAAAGAAGGAAUAUUUACUUCAUUUUCUUUUUUUUUAAUUUUGGACAGAAGUCAUUAAAACAAUGAGACAUUUGCCAACAAAACAAAACAAAAAAUUGUGUUUGCACAAAAAAAGUGUGAAGAUAUAAGAGUGGUUAUUAACAUUCAUAAUCACACAUGGCAUUUUAAGCUGUUUACAAUAUAGGAAAAGCAGUGAGAAUGAAGAAAGCCUCAUUGUUAAAGCACUUAAUUUUUUAGUUAGCACUUCAACAUGGCUCUUAAUAACUACUAGUAGAUUCAUACACCAUUUAGGUUUAAAAUGAACUCACUCAGAAUUCUUAUUGCUGUUGUUAGGUGUACUAAGUCCGUGUCGACUCAUGGCGACCCCAUGUGACAGAAUAGAACUGCCCUAUGGGGUUUUCUGGUCUGUAAUCUUCAUGGAAGCAGGUCAUCAGGUCUUUCUCCUGUGGAGCCUCUGAGUGAAUUCGAACCACCAACCUUUUAGUUAGCAGCCAAGAGCUCAAUCAUUUGUGCCACCAGGGCUCCUAAGAAUUCUUAUUAACCCACUGCCAUUGAGUCAAUUUCAACUAAUAGCAAUCCUGUAGGACAGAACAGAACUGCCCCAUAGGGUUUCCAAGGCUAAUAAAUCUUUAUGGAAGCAGACUACCAUAUCUUUCUCCAGCAGAGUGGCUGCUGGGUUUGAACUGCCUAUCUUUUGGUUAGCAGCUGAGCGCUUAACCGCUGUGUCACCAGAGUUCACAGAAUUCUUAACAGAGAGGUUUAUUUAAAAAUUCAUGUGACUGCU